AUGUCUCCUGCAGUACGGUGCGAACCCGAUGAACUGCUCACAUCCAGAGACUCAGCGACGCUGCGCAUCGCCGUGAAAGAACCAGGUGACACUUCGCACGACUCCGGAGAAACCUUUCCUCGAAAACUACCGUCUGUAUUCAGAGGAGUGUCCUCAACAAAACAUCCAAGGCACAACAACACCGGAUGCGAGCGGUCCGGACAGCGGGGCCGGCGCAGACUGAAGGCGAACGACAGGGAGCGCCACCGGAUGCACAACCUGAACUCGGCUCUGGACGCGCUGAGGAGCAUCCUGCCGGCGCUGCCGGACGACGCAAAGCUGACCAAGAUCGAAACUCUGCGCUUUGCCCACAACUACAUCUGGGCUCUGACCGAGACCCUGCGUAUGGCCGACCACCACGGACGUACGGCGGACUACCUGCCCGAGGCGGCAGAUCUGAGCAGCCCAUCAAGUGUUUUAUCUGCGGAGUCAUUUUACGUGACCUCACCUGACUUUGACCCAAGAAACUCAUACACAUCAGUCAAUGAAAUGAACUGUAAAAUCUUUACAAGAGGCGAAUCCAACACUGUUCCUGUUACCUUGUAUUUCAAGUCUGUAUGUGGUGACAAUAAUCUCCGCAGCACUUGGCACUGUUAA